GACGGUUACGAAUGGCAUGCGUAUCGAUUAAUAGUUUCGAUUGCUUAAAAAGUGGACUAAAACGUAAAAGUUAAUUUUUGGGGGAAAAAGGGGUGAAUGUGAUAACAUAAGAACAGUUAUAAAAAAUGUGUUUUCUAUUUCGAUAUAUACACAUAUACUAAUAUCCCAAGCUGACAAAAAUUGGGAACAUUUUAAUUCGUUUUCUUGUUCAUUAUCGAGAAAAUGUCGAUAUCGAAAUUCAUCUAUUGUGUAAUAUUUACUUAUCUUUAUUGAGAAAUAAACGCUAUUACCUAGAAAUAAGAAGAAGAGAAAUGCAAUACUAGACACAUAUUAUUUGAUGUAUUUGAGCUGUGCAAAAUAAACCACGUGAGAGGCUUACAAAUUUGCUCCAACUAUGACAAGUUGUUCCAUCUUAUUGUUUCACCUUGUUUGUUGUACUUUGAUGGGUCGUUUCGUGACAUCGUCAAAACCGCUGUCGAUUUUACUGCUACAGUCCGUUCCGUCGACCAGUCAUCAUAUUUGGGCGGCAAAUUUGGUUAAAGGACUUCUUCGGAAAGGCCAUCAUGUACACGUAGUGAGCACGCACGAGACUAAAGUCGAGGGUAAACUCGCGGAAAAUUUGACAUACAAGGUUUUCGAUGGUAUGAUGAGUUCUGACGAUUACGAGGAUUAUGGGCCGGCACAGUGGGAAAAAUACAGCGUCCUUCAUAUGGCGUAUAUUACAUAUCAGUGGGCCAUCUACGGAUGUUAUAAGGCGAUAAAAACUAAUACAGCGAAAGAGCUUUUGGAAAUGAUCAAGACUGUUGAAUUUGAUGUCAUAGUGCAGGACAUUACUCUACACCAGUGUUUCUAUGGAUUAUGGGAGGUUGCUAAAGGUAAGCCACCUAUAGUGGGAUUCAUGCCAUUAGCCGCUGCACCGUGGCUCAAGGAUUUUGUCGGUGGUCUAAGUUACCCGACUGUUCGAACUUAUGUAAGUUCAGCUAUGGCAAAACCCGUAGGUUUGUGGCAAAGAACGUUGAACACUCUGUAUUAUAUCGCGGAUGAUCUUUUGCGGCAUUAUUAUUUCUUGCCUAUCGUUCAACUGCUCGCCGAGGAAUAUGUAGGCAACUCGUUGAGGCCAUUACAUGAAAUAGAAAAGAACGAUAUCAGUAUCGUAUUAAUCAAUAGUCAUUGUGCAACCGAGGCUGCAAUUCCAUUGCCACCAAACGCCUUGGAGGUUGGAGGAUUGCAGGCCCAGAUUGUGCCACCGAUUGCCAGAGACGUAGUAGUUAAAACGUAUCCUGAGCAGAAUAUGCGUAUAUUUCUUGACGAAGCAAAAAAUGGAGUUAUCGUGUUAUCAUUAGGAUCAAUUGCGAAAUGGAAAACUUUCGGGCUAGACAAAAUUAAAACCGUUAUACUGGCUCUGUCGAAACUAAAGCAACGAGUACUCUGGAAGCUGGAUGUUGAAGUGCCAUUUCAAAUACCGAACAAUGUAAUGAUUAUGAAAUGGAUACCGCAAAGAAAAAUUCUAUCUCAUAAAAAUGUGAAGGCAAUAUGGAAUCAUGCUGGUCUUCUUAGCACGCAAGAAGCUAUUUGGGAAGGUAUACCACUGAUCGCAAUGCCUCUUAUUAUGGAUGGCAAAUCCAUUGCGGAAAUAUUAGUAGUUAAAGGCGUUGGCAUACGUUUGGAAUAUAAGACAUUGUCCACAAGGAAUAUCGUACACGCAGUUGAACAAAUAAUUUACAAUAAAAGUUAUGCAAGAAACAUGAAACGAUUAUCCGAUGAAUUCAGGGAUCGCCCAUUAUUGCCAUUAGAUUUAGCUGUUUGGGGCAUCGAAUACGCUGUCCGAAAUCCAAAUGGAAGUUUAGCAACGCCGCUUAAAUCUCAGAGCUGGCUAGAACAGAAUCUGAUCGAUGUCUACGCAUUUCUAUUCCUUAAUCUCUUCAUAAUAUUGUUGAUUGUGUGCUUUGUAAUAAAGCUACUGAUUAAUUUUUACUGUAAUCGUAGAUACGCAUCAAAAUCAUACAAGAGUAAACAGACCUAAGUUGCUGAAAUUGACCAACACUUUAUAUUACAUACAUAUUACAAUUAACAUUACAUGUAAUGUUAAUUUAAAAAUGUUAAAUUGAUAAAAAUAGAAAUA